UAGACUAUAACUCACAGGUACGUCCUAGCUCCAAAACUUCCAAAUUUGUACGGGCCCCACAAGAAUUACCAUUGCUUUCAACAUCCUCUUUGGACCUGACCAACACUUGAUUUGUUUUCUGGUUUUCUAUCCAAUCAUUGUUCGAAGAGGAGGAUGUUAAUUCAACUGCGUCAACUCUAGGAGUAGAUGAACGGCCCGAAGAAAUUGUUGUAGUGGGGAAUGCUUUCUAUGGAGGGACAGCAGGAGUAUUAUUGGAUGGGAGUAUAUUUUCCUGUGGGUUACUUUGGAACAGGCAAGAAAUGUUACUUUGAAACAUCAAUUUGGAACCUCCACAGUUAAAAUUUGCAUAUUUGUCUUUUCUCUCCCCAUUUCCAUCGUCAGCCGCCGUACCUCACUUUCACGCUGGCUGGAGCAGAAAUUGAUCCACCUCCGCCACAUAUCUUCCUCUGUUUCGGUGUCAAAAUUCUCUCUGUACACCACUGCACUGCCACCACAACCAACUUAGUGUAUGGAGUGAGAUGAAACUCUUGGCUUUAACCUCAGACUUCAAUUUUUGAGCCGAUUUCGAAAGAUAUCGUGAUUUCAAUCGGCCUUUGACGGUAAAGCCAGCAGCCUCAAUUACUCUUGAUAAAGGAGGUGGUGGAGAGGAAGAGGGAUUCGCUAUUCAGUACGAAACGCCAAUUGAUGGUUUCCCAAAAGCAAAAGUUUGUUCCGUUCUAGUUCGGUAACAUGACAUCAGACCAAAAGCGUGGUAGGGAGAGAACCAUCUGCGGUUGCCGGUGGAGGUAGUGGCAAUGGUAAGGAGAGUAUUUCAGAACGAGGUAGAAAAAGAAGCGUGUAGUAGAAGACUCAUCGUUGUUUUCACCGGCGUCCACAUCUAACAAGAGAGGUGGUGGCCAUGAGAUGCAGAGAGGAUUGCGAUCGUUUUUAGAGAGACAUCUGCAGAGUAUUAAGACAAGUCAGAAAAUAAACGUGUAUGGAAAAGUGUAACUUCUGCAACUUUCUCUUAGCUGGCAUCACCCUAUUGGUCCAGCUAAUAAGUGGGCACAUAAAUGGGAACAGUAGGGCAGGCUGGAAGGACCUUUAAAAAAGGGUAUGGGGGCCCACUGAUAUAUAAAAUCGGCCCCUCCUUUCCCGAAAACAGGGAAUCCAAUGCAUAAUUCCAUUCCGAAGAGAUCCAAAUCUCUAUCAGCUUUCUAUUUUCCGUUUCUGAGCGGCACAGGUUACGUAAAGACACCAUAAUAAUAACCUUCUUUUUUUUAUAAAAGAUUUUUUUUUUACGUAAAAAUAUUUUUUUUAACAAAAUUGUGAAAUUGGUUUGAUUCGAAGUCGCAAUGAAGGAUGAUGAUUCUCUCCCAACAUCCACUGCGGCGGCGACGAUGACGGCAAUGGCGACCAAUGCCAAAAAGGAAAGCUCCGAUUCUAAUCUAUUUGGGAAAGGUCGAUAUAAGUUCUGGGCUUUAGCUGCCAUUUUGCUUUUGGCAUUUUGGUCAAUGUUCACCGGAACUGUCACUCUCCGUUGGUCCGCCGGCAAUCUCAAUAGUCUAUCCGAUGACCUUGACGCUCCCAUCCAUGACGAUCUCGACGUCCUCGAAAUGGAAGAAAGGGAGAAGGUGGUGAAGCAUAUGUGGGAUGUAUACACCAAUAGCCGUCGGAUCAGAUUGCCACGAUUUUGGCAGGAGGCCUUUGAGGCUGCUUAUGAGGAGUUGACUAGCGAUGUCCCUGGGAUUAGAGACGCUGCAAUCUCUGAGAUUGCCAAGAUGUCUGUCCGCUCCGUUGUUCUUGAUCCGCCUCUUUUUCAAUCAACGAGUGCACAAGAAUUAAGUAAGAGUCUGAAGUUAGGAGGGAAAGGUGGGGCUACUGCAAUUUCAAGGAGGAGUGAUAGAUGAUGUGAAGAGAAUCAAGAAGUAUGGGCUUCAUUGCGCGUACGCUGCUACAUACUCGGUUAUUCGCUGUUUCAUAACUGGGACAAUUAUAUACUUAAUUAGGUUCUUAUUCUUCCAAGGCUUUGCUGUCACAAUCUUGUCUUAUGGGUGGAUGUGAAAAAAAACCUUUUUGGGUAGAUGAAUUCAGUGAGAAAUUUUGAUCUUUCUUACAUAAAUUGAAGUGAAAGAAUUACUUUGAAA